AUGCCUACCAUACCAGUUGAUAAGGCCGACCUCUACGCUUUAUUGGGCAGAGAGUACACCACUGAGGAGUUUGACGAGCUCUGUUUUGACUUCGGAUUAGAAUUAGAUGAAGACACCACCGAUGAAUGUACAGGAGACGAAAGGCCCCAAUUGAAGAUUGAGGUUCCUGCGAAUCGAUACGAUAUGUUGUGUAUCGAGGGUAUUGCCCAGGCAUUGAAUGAAUUCUUGGGAAACUGUGAAGCGCCUCAGUACAAAUUGAGUCCAGCGAAGCCACAAACAACUUUUACCAUUGAAAAAUCCACAACUCAAAUUCGUCCGUAUGCGGCUUGUGCGAUUUUGAGAGGAGUCAAAUUUGACAAAAGACGGUAUGAUUCGUUCAUUGCAUUGCAGGAUAAGUUGCACACCAACUUGUGUAGAAACAGAACCCUUGUAGCCAUGGGUACGCAUGACUUGGAUACUUUGACACCACCAUUUGUGUACAAAGCAUUGCCUCCAUCGGAGAUCAAAUUUGCUCCAUUGAACCAAACCAAGGAAAUGACUGGAGAAGAAAUGAUGGCAUUCUACGAAAAGGAUAAGAAUCUCGGAAAGUAUCUUCAUAUCAUCAAAGAUUCUCCGGUUUACCCCAUCAUUUACGACUCCAAGGGACAAGUAUGUUCCAUGCCUCCAAUCAUCAACUCCAAUCACUCCAAGAUUUCUUUGGAGACCAAGAAUGUUAUGCUUGAUGUCACUGGUACCGACAAAACGAAGACGGAAAUCGUCAUUAAUCAAUUGGUCGCAAUGUUCAGCAGAUACUGUACGGAACCUUUCACUGUCGAGCCAGUUGAAAUCAUUUCUGAGCACAACAAUGAGUCGAGAGUUUGCCCUAAUAUAGAGCCCAAGACUGCCGAGGCCGAGAUCGACUAUAUCAACUCGUGUCUUGGAUUGGACUACAAUGGUGAAGAAAUCGCCAAGUUGUUGAAAAAGAUGUCUUUGAGUGCUCGUCCCAAGUCCGAUAAACUACUUGAGGUGGAGAUUCCCAUCACUCGUCCUGACAUAUUGCACCAGUGUGAUAUCAUGGAAGACGCAGCCAUUGGCUAUGGGUUCAAUAACUUGAAGAAAACCAAACCCAAGAGUGAUUCUGUGGUGGCUUCUCCAUUGCCAGUGAAUAAAAUCGCCGAUAUUCUUCGUAUAGCGUCUUCUCAGGCCGGCUAUUUGGAGGUUAUGCCCUUGACCUUGUGCUCGCACGAUGAGAACUUCCGGUUCUUGAGAACUAAGGACGACGGAACCACAGCGGUUGUUCUUGAAAACCCCAAGACUAUAGAGUACCAAGUGGUCCGUACUACAUUACUUCCAGGAAUCUUGAAGACCAUCAAGGAAAAUAGAAAGCAUGCGUUGCCGCUCAAGGUGUUUGAGGCUGCAGAUGUGGUUUUCAAGAACCCAAUGUUGGAAAGAGGUGCCUACAAUCAACGUAACUGGUGUGCAAUCUACGCUGGAAAAACUUCUGGUUUCGAAUACGUCCAGGGUCUUUUGGGAAAGAUUAUGCAAACCAUGCGUACUCCGUGGUUGGAGAAGCCCGAGGAAGACGUCAAGGGCUACUGGAUUGAACAAGACGACAAAAACCCUACUUUCUUCCCAGGAAGAGGUGCCAAAGUAUUGUUCCGUUCCGCACCCGGUGCACCAGUACAAACCAUUGGAGCUAUUGGAGUGUUGCAUCCGGAAGUUAUGGGUCAUUUUGACAUUCCUUACGCUGCGUCGUCGGUGGAGAUCAACGCCGAGGUGUUUCUUUGA